GAUGGAUCGGAGAAUGCCGUACAAGCCGCAAAUCACCUUCGAUGACAAACUCAAAGUGUGGAGUGGAGGCGAACGAUCUAACUAUUUCGCACCGCACCUUUCCAUUGGAGAGAUUAUCUUCAGGGAGAUGGAAAGGCACCCUAAGCUCAUUGCUCAGAUCUCAGCCACAGAGAAGACCAUUUUGACCAGGGAAGAGGUUCGUCUCAAUGCGAUGCGAGUGGCUAGCUACAUGCGGCGACUUGGCUUAAAGCAAACGGAUAUUGUGGGACUCAUAGCCAGGAACACCACGCAUCUGGUGGCCGUGGCCUAUGCCUGCUUCUUCAAUGGGAUGCCGUUCCACUCGCUGAACAUCUCCUACGAGCAGGAAACCAUUGAGAAGCUGUUCAGCAUCACCAGACCCCGACUGAUCUUCUGCGAUGGAGAUGAGUACGAGAGAGUGGUGGCAGCCACCGAAACCCUCAAGCUGGAUGCCACAAUCAUAACCAUGCGUAAUCACCCACUGAGUUCUCUUCGUAUUCAGGAUAUUCUGACCACACCCAUUGAGGAUAACUUUCAGCCAUCCCAUCUGGAGCAGGGUCCCGACCAGACUUUGGCCAUUCUUUGCUCCUCUGGUACCACGGGCGUACCCAAGGCAGUGACUCUCACAAACAGUCAACAGAUCCUGUGGAGUUGCUCUGCCAUGCCAAUCGAUGUUGUCCAGUACUGCCACAGCACCUUGGACUGGUACUCGGGACUCUCCAUGUGCAUCAACUGCGGAGUGUCCAGCACAACGAGCAUUAUUGCGGACAACAAGUUCGAUCCUGGCUUUCUGUGUCAUAUUAUCGAGGAGUACAAAGUGACAUUCCUUGUGCAGAGUCCUGCCCAAAUGGCGAUGCUGGUGGGCUGUCCAGAGUUCGACUCUGUGGAUCUGUCGAGCAUUUGGCGUUGUGUCUAUGGAGGCACUGCCUGCUCCGUGGAGGUACAGCAUCGAAUGCGGAGUCGCCUGCAGCAGGCGGAUUGUCUGGUCUUCAGCUACAACUUGACGGAGAUGAACAGCCUGGGGUGCUUGAACCAUCACUUUGACGAGAAGCCCAACUCCGUGGGCCGCCCGGUGAGAGGAAUCAAAGUGAAGAUUAUCAAUGAGAGUGGCGAUGCACUGGGCCCGAGUGAAAUGGGUGAAGUUUGUUUCCACAAUGGCCAGCAUUGGUCGGGCUACUACGGGAAUCCCGAGGAGACGCGCUCAAUGAUCGACUCUCAGCGUUGGCUGCACACCGGGGAUCUGGGCUACAUGGAUCCAGAUGGAUUUCUGUAUCUCGUUGACCGCAAGAAGGACAUGCUCAAGUACCAGAGCAUCAUGUACUAUCCAAACGAAGUAGAGAGAGUCAUCUGCCAGAUGCCCAACGUGGCCGAGGCCUGUGUCUUCGGAGUGUGGGAUGCGGUCAAUGGCGAUGAGGCUGCUGCCUCUGUGGUAAAGAGACCUGGCACCCAACUCUCGGCCCAAGAUGUUGUGAGCUUUGUGGGAGAGCAUGUCGAUGCCACAUAUAAGCAGCUGAAUGCAGGAGCCAUCAUUGUGGAAGAACUGGCACGAAGUCCGAAUGGAAAAACCCAUCGAAUGGCCACAAAAGAGCACUUUCUGAAGGUCACAAGAGGCAGAACAUUUAAUUAAAUCCUCUAGGAUGAUUGUGGAGUACUUAAAGGCAAUAAGUUGUACGGGGAACGACUCAAAUGAGCUCCCAAUAUUCAUGUAUUCGUAAGUUCCUGCUGAUCUCAGGGUUAUAUUUGCAUUUGAAUGUUGAAUUUUAUUCGUCGCCUGUGCUGGCUGCCUUGAUGUGUUCCUUCCCAUGCUGGCCCGUUUGACCUGACCCCUGCCUUUGAGACACUGAGGCUGAAACCAAUCAACCCUGAUGAAAACCCCCCACCCGAGCCGAGCCGAGCCGAGACAGACCUUCAGUUUAAAUCGCCUGCCUUUGUGUUUGGUGUUGUCAUAAAAAUAGAAAUCUCGCUUCAUUUCAUUGCCUUUGUUGUAGCGCCUCGUUGUUGUUGCUCCUCCAAUUUAUGUGCCCGGCCGACAGCCGUCGCAUAGUCCAUAAUCCGUCGUCCAACGAGCAGAGAGCUCCGUGCUCCGGGCGGAGUUAUAUGAUAUCCUCGUACGAGGAUGCACAGCGUUUAUUUUUCACCUAAGCUGCGGCCGUUUGUCUGUGUCUGAGUCUCGACCUGAGCCUGAGCCUGAACCCUCCUCCGCUGCUGGUCUCUGACCUGUUAGCCGGAUUAGGCCUGACACGGGGAGCAACGGGAACCCACAUGAGCAUUUCAGAUGCUCGAAAAUCAGUCAUAAUAUUUCAAAUUUCAUAAAUUGAUGCGUAUCACAUUAGACGCGACGCGACUGCCAUGGGCAUGGGAUGGGAAUGACGGCAGCAGGAACUCCCCCGCUCCCUGCCUUCCCCGUGGGUGAGCAACCCUCGGGCGACUGACUUUGAUAAACGCGUUUUCGGCGGGGGGAGCAAUGUCACGCCCACAUUUCAACGCGUCGCGCAAAUUUGCUGUGAAAAAAGAGAAAGAAAAAAAGCAUGAAGAAACCUUAAGAAGAAAGGAAAAUAAA